CCACACCUGCGACUGCCAGCCCCGCUCUCCGAUUCGCGCCAAGCUUGACUAGAAAUCGUUGAAUAGCAAACAAAAGCCAAUCCUCGAGCCUUUGCGACCUAUUUCGGCCGGACAGAUCCCACAGCCUCUCCGGCGCAAACCACGAGCCUUCACCAUGUCUUCACACGAGAAGCUGGCAGCAGCAGCCAACGACCGCAAAUCGCGCCUCGCCCAGUUGAAGUCGCUCAAGCGAAAGCAAGAACAAAUAUCAGACGCGCCCGAGGCUUCGGAAUCGCCCUCUACCCAGGAGCAAAGCGAGACUUCGCAAGCCCUCACGCGCACCGAAGAUGAAGAGUCCUCAGUAGCAGCAACAUAUCUCUCUGGCCGAAACUAUGACCCCAAAACGCGGAAUGUUAAGCUGGGCUUUGACAAUCUGCCCAUUGCCGACCCCACCAACACACUAGAGUACAAGGCAGAGCAGUUGGCGCUCGAGUCAAAGGCACAGCAAGAUGCGGAGAAGGCAGAAGAUAAGGGGCUGGACCUGUUCAAGCUACAGCCCAAGAAGCCAAACUGGGAUCUGAAGCGAGACUUGGAGCAGAAGAUGCGUGGACUAAAUGUGCAGACGGACAACGCCAUUGCCAAAUUGGUUAGGGAAAGAGUUGAGGCGCAAAAGGCGAUACGAGAGAAACAACCAAGAGACAGCAACAGCGGUGAUGAGGUGGGCAUGGAGGGCACUGAACUGGUCGAGGCUAUGCACUUGAAGGAGCAGGAGGAGGAGCGGGAAAGGAAACGGGAAGCAGAAGAGGAGGAAGAUGUCAGCUGAAAGGCUGCAGCGAGCGUAGGAAGCUGCUCACCUCAACCAAAACGCGAUAAGAUGGCUGCACCGUGUAAACUUACGAGUACCAUGAACAAUCCCGUCAGGAUCACCCUGACCCUACGCGCUCGCACAUACAAAACAAAAACACAAGCAUGCAAGGCAGACACAUACGAGGCAGAAGAAGCAUGCAAAGUAGAAACAUGUCAAACGCCCUUGGCUCGCAGGAAC